UGAGAAAGGAGGAAGGAAGAGAAAGAAAUGGGAGAAGGAGAAGGGCAAAAAUGUCCAGUCAGCUGUAAAUGAGUAAGUUUUUCAGCUGCGAAAAGCAAUCCAGUUUAUAAGUUAUGGGUCAGCCCAACACAUUUCAUUUUCCGGUUGCUUUAUUCUUGUUAGUUACAUUAUCAGUCGGCGGCCGUCGAAACCUAAACCUAAGAAAUCCCUCUUUCCCUUAAACCCUAAUCUAACCCCAGAAGUUCAACUGAAAAAAUUAUUGAUGGGUCUGAAACUGUUCGACGACGGCGGCUCAGAUGGAGAGGCCGACAAGAUUGAAAUUGACCGAGAAUUUGCCCGCCGUUUCGAGUACAACAAGGAGCGGGAGGAGCGGCAGAGGGCUGCCGAGUUGGCGAAGAAAGGUGUUAUCUCUUUACAUUCCGAUUCGGACUCAGAUGAUUCUUCCUCGUCAGGAGAAGAAGUGGAGGAAGAGGUAAAAGGUAAGAAGAAAGAUUUGGAAUUUUUUGAUGCUUUAAUUAAGGUUAAGUCAAGAGACCCCAUCUUAAAAGAUAAAGAAGCUAAGUUAUUUAAGUGUGAAUCUGAAACUGAUGAUGAUAGUGAUGGUUCUGAUGAUGCUAUGGAUACUGAUGAUAAAAAUGAUGAAAAGAAGGGGAAGUUGAAAAAAGAUGGUAAGAAAGAGAAACAUAAGCCAGUGUAUUUGAAAGAUGUGAUGUCUAAGCUUUUGAUUGAGAAGGGGCCGGAGUAUGAUGAUGAUGAAGAUGAUGAAGAUGAUGUUACGGAGAACAAGGAGGAGAAGAAGGUCAAAAGCCACGUGCAGGAGCAGGAGGAGUUGAGGCAGGGCGUUUUGGAAGCACUGAAGGAGGUGGAUGGGGACGGGGGGGAGUUGUUGAAGGAGAAGAGUAGUAAAGGUGUUGAGGGUGGUGAUGAUGAGGAGGAGGAUGAUGGGUUUGUAGCUAAGUUGGAUAAGUACUUUGGUCCUGAUGGCUGCUUGGAUGAGAAUAACAUUUUCCUGAAGGAUUACUUUAGGAAAAGAAUGUGGUUAGAGGCUGGUGAUAAUAAGACGGGGUUGGGUAAUGAGGGGGGUUCCGAGAUAGACGUGUCGGAGGAUGAAGAGGAGAUUGAGAGGCAGGAGGAUUACGAGAGAGAAUAUAAUUUUAGGUUUGAGGAGAAUGCGGGAGAUAGAGUAGAAGGUCAUUCAAGAAUAGUGGAAGGUUCAGUGAGGAAGAAGUCGAAUACAAGGAAGUUGCAAAGAGAGAGGAAGGAGGAGAGAAUGGCUCAAGCUAAGUUUGAAAUGAAAGAGGAGCUGAAGCACUUGAAGAAUGUGAAAAGAAAGGAGAUGAAGGAGAAGCUUAGAAAGAUUCGUCAAGCUGCUGGGAUUGGUGAAGAUGGUUCUUUGCUUUUGGAGGAGGAUGACUUGGAGGAGGAAUUUGAUCCAGAUGAGUUUGAUAAGAUGAUGGAGAGAGCAUAUAAUAAGACAUAUUACGAAGCCGAGGAUAUUGACCCAGGUUUUGGAAGUGAAAAUGAUGAAGAUGGAGAUGAGCUUGAGAAGCCUGAUUUUGAAAAAGAAGAUGAGUUGCUUGGACUUUCGAAGGGUUGGGAAAAUGUAAAUGGUACCACUGAUGGGUUCUCAGCUGCCAGGGAAAGAAUUUUGAAGGAAAAGAUCAAGGAUGUAGAUAAUCACUAUGAACCACAAGCGGAAGGUAAAGAUGAAGUGCCUGAAGAUGGUGAAGACGGUAAGCGUAAGAAAAAGCGCAAGCGAAAGCUCAGUGAGGUUGAAAAGGCUGUUACAGAGCAGUUGUUGGAAGAGUUUCAUAAGUUGGAAUAUGAAGACACAAUAGGUGACUUGAAAACCAGAUUCAAAUACAGAGCUGUCAAACCAAAAAAUUAUGGACUGAAUACAACUAAGGUUCUAGCCAUGGAUGAUAAGGAGUUGAAUCAAGUAGUGUCUAUAAAGAAGCUGGCUCCUUAUAGGGAAAAGGAAUGGAAGGUUCCAAGAACUCAGAUACUUCAGCAAAAACAGAAGAUCAAGAAUCCCGAACAAGGGGUAUCAAAUGUGAGGAAAUCCGACAAGCACAAGGUGAAGACCACUGCAGAGAAAUCUAGUUCUCCUGGUAGUUUUGUCUCGGGAGAACAGCAGGUUGAAAAGAAUGCUAGUGCCAGCAGCCCCUCUAGGAGAGCUAAGAGAAGACGUCGUCAAGCUCAGGCUCAGAAAGAGCUUAAAAUAUCACAUACAAGGUCUAUGGCAUAUGGGAAUAUCCCUGUUAAAUCUAAGAGCAAAAAGAAGCCUUCAAUGCAGGAAUGAAGAUGAAAUGUGCUCGUUCUUUGUCACCAAUUUUGUCAUUCAGUUUUUUUUGGAACAUUUAGGAAGUCCUGUUUAAGUUAAAACGUCAAUUUUCCUGUUGUAUUCUCAUUGCCAUAUUGAGCCAGGAGCAUGUUCACUCUCAAUUGAUAUAACAUAGAUUUAGAAAUGAAAUGACCCUUUAUGGCAACUUUUACUAAGCUUUUGCUUGUAAUUUGAUAUGAAUACUUCAGUCUGAUAUUGACAGUUUGAUCUCGUGAUACGAUUGUGAUAUUUUUUGUGCUGGUUUUGAGUUGUAGGUACAAAAAUGAGGAUAAUUCAUUGCCUCAUUGGAUUUUAAGUGCGAUACAAAACUAUCAAGCUUUCUAUUUAUUUCUGGAGCUUUUAUUGUUUAAAGUCAGUUUUGCAGUUUGAAUGCAACAGGUAGGUUUUUCAUAACUGUGAAUGAGAUUGUUUAAAAUUUGAUUCCUAGAUGAUCUCAUGUCUUUGGCAGCUAGGCUUUUUUCCUUCUGGGUUGGCCAUUUUACAUAUCAGGAAGAAUUUUAUGUUCUGUUCAAUUAUUAUCUGUUGGUAUUUACUUUUUUGUUUUUUCAACAAGUACAGAUCUCAUAUACAUGUCUGACAGGCUCUAGUUUGCUGGUAAUCAAAACAGUUUAGGUUUGGUUUGGUUUAUUGGUCGAAACACUUUCAUUUUCCUCUCUUGCCAAAGAUUUAGUAUGUCUGAUGGCUUCCCAUGUGAC